CGGGAAUCGUUCGAGGACAAUGUUGGCAGAGGGCAGAGAGUCCCCUGUCUUUUCCGUUUCUCAUGCUGAUAGUGACAAUGGGGAGGAGGAAUCGUGCACGCGCAUGGCCCUGCUAAACGGCGUUGACCAGAGUCGGCGGCACAGGACAGCGUUCACGCGGGAGCAGCUCGCGCGCCUCGAACAGGAGUAUUGCAAAGAGAGUUACGUGUCACGGGCCAGACGGUGCGAACUGGGGGCGGCCCUUAACCUGCCAGAGACCACCAUAAAGGUCUGGUUCCAAAACAGACGGAUGAAGGAUAAGCGACAGCGCCAUAGUCUGAGUUGGCCUCACCCACUGGACCCAAAUCUGUGUGCCUUUAUGGUGAGCCAGGCAGUGACAGGGUUGCCAUACCCACUGCUGCCCCACAUUCCCCUGCAGUUGUACUCUCAACUGGGGGUGGCAGGUAUGCCAUCUCUCUCUGGUCUGUCUAGUCCCUACAGUGCUGGCUGUGUGAGACCACUGAACACUGUACUACUUCCACACUCACCCUACACUAGGAUUGGUGGGCUUCAUUCUCCAGUCCUCUACCCUCCACUGCCCACAAUGCAACAUCCUAAAACCUGUCCUUGCCCCUACUGCCUCCACUGGUCUCGACCAGACCGAGUACACAAAGCUAGAGGUGGAGUUGGUCUUGGGUUGAGUCUAGCCAGUAGCUCAGAACCCUCAGUUGCACUAUUAGAUUGCAGAGAAGAAAUACAUUUGCCCCAGUGA